AUGACGGUAGCGCCUGCUGCUACAGGUGCUACACGUAGCCACCUGAGCAAAGGCAGAAUCAGCUGACGCCCUGCUGUGGCAAGAGUACGUGUGGCUGUGAGGCUUAGGCCCUUUGUGGAAGAGACUGGCAGCACCAGUGAGAGCUCUUGUGUCCGGGGCCUGGACAGCUGCUCCUUGGAAAUUGCCAACGGGAGAAAUAGUCAGGAGACGCUCAAAUACCAGUUUGAUGCCUUUUAUGGGGAAACAAGCACCCAGCAGGACAUCUAUGCUGUCUUUGUCCAGCCCAUCCUUCGCCACUUGAUGAAUGGACAGAAUGCCAGUAUGCUUGCCUAUGGUCCAACAGGCGCAGGGAAGACGUACACAAUGCUAGGCAGCCCAGAGCAGCCUGGAAUUAUCCCUCGGGCCCUCAAAGACCUCUUGCAGCUAACCUGGGAGGAGGGUGCUGAAGGGCGACCCUGGGCCGUUACUGUCUACAUGUCUUAUUUGGAAAUCUACCAAGAGAAUGUGUUGGACCUGCUUGCCCCAGCUUCAGGGGACCUAGUGAUCAGAGAAGAUCGGUGGGGGAACAUCCUGAUCCCUGGGCUCACCCAAAAACCCAUUGCUUCCUUCACUGACUUUGAGCAACACUUCCUGCCAGCCGGCAGAAACCGGACUGUGGGAGCCACUCGGCUCAACCAGCCCUCUCGAAGCCAUGCUGUGCUCCUGGUCAAAAUGGAACAGGAAGAUCCUGGGCCUGCUGAACACGGGCUCGGCCAAGGAGCUUCGCAGGCUGCAGCGCACUGGGGAGAAGAAAGCCCAUCUCAUCAUGGGCUGGCGGGAGCUGCACGGCCCGUUUGCGGAGGUGGAGGACCUGGGGCUGGUGGAGGGCAUCUCCAACAAGCAGGUGGCCACCUUCCUGAAGGCCAAAAUCUUGAGUUUCGCCGCCGAGUGCUUCAGCGCCUUGCCUCGGAGGGACGCCUGAGUGCCGCCGGCCGCCCAGGAGCCCCGGCAUUCUGUCCGUGCUAUAUUGAAAAUUUAACUUUAAUUUCCCUGAGCCAGUGGGCGGUGACUGGAGCACACCCCAUUGCUGGAUGA